AUGUUUCCUUUGAAUUGCUCCCUGCCUUCUCUCUCCAUUGAAAAUGUGACAUCCUUCGCAGUCGCCGCCACCGCCGCGACUCGCGUCGCACGAGCUCCCUUCGUUGCCAUCGUCGUACGACCUCUCUCCGCCGUGCUCUUGUCUUACGAGCUCUUUACGCGCCGCUCUCGUCGCUGCUUCUUCUCUCCUCGCCGGAAUCUCUUCUCGUCGCCGUUAGUUCAGGGAAGAAGAAAGAGCGGUGAGGAGAAUAAGGUAGUUGGAGAAGGUGAGAAGAAGAAAGAGGAAAGUCUUGGUGCCACUGCUGUUGUUGGUGAUGGAGAGGAGGAAAAGAAUAAGAAGAAGAAGAAGAAGAAGAGUAAGAAGCAGGGGUUAGUUUCUCGAAUUUGGAACGGGAUAUUCAGAAGAUGUAGCGAUGAUUUCGAGAAGAGAUUGUAGUAUAUUUCCAAAGAGGAAGCUGCGGUUAUGGCCAGGGUCAAUGGGAGAAACCGGUCGUGGCGGAGAACUUCGCGCCAGAUCAUCAUAAUUUCUGUUAUAUUUGAGGUACAUUUUCCAUUGUUGGAUGGAUGGGUUUAUCUUUGUGUGUUUUUGUUUAUCAUGAAUCAUUUCUCACAUGAAUAGAUUUGUGUAUUUUAACAUGCCAUUUUAUGCUAGAGUUUCUUUGAACUUGAAGUGCGAAAAACUACAAACUACGACUCAUGAUAGCUACCUCAAAAAUCAAAUUAAAGAUAUAAAACUCUGACAGUAUAGGGAUAUGACAGAAUAGAAUGGAGUCAUCUGAUCAGUGAAGGUGACCCCCCUAUAUAGUGGGAAAAGACAUUCUUCUCUUAUUGUUUUGAAAUAUGACAAUUUGGAUUUAAACGGUUUCAUCUCCUAGACCGUUGCUGUAGGUUUUGCAAUCAUGACAACUAGAUCAAUGGAUAUGAAUUGGAAGGUGAGAGCAAUCCGGGUUUUUUUUUGUAUACUACAGUUCACUCAGUAUUGGUAUCAUCACCAUGGUGGGUGUCACGCUUCUCAUGAGAUUCAGCCUCCUCCUCCUCCUACUUGCUGGAUUAUCACU